GUGGCUUAUGCUGCUGGGUAAUGGCGGUCAGGGGAGAAGCUGAUUUUGCCGCCGUCCCGGUUCUUCCGCCGGACAACUCGGCGCUGGUCGGGCGGGGCGCCUCCGAGGGUUUCCAGCUGACCCCCGCGGCUCGAAAGGCGCAGCCGUCGGAUCUGGUGGCCUUGGCGGAGCAAGUGGAGAAGGCGGAUGAGUUUGUCCGAGCGAAUGCCUGCAACCGCUUGACCGUCAUUGCAGAACAAAUCCGAUAUUUACAAGAACAAGCCAGAAAGGUUCUGGAAGACGCCAAAAGAGACGCCGACCUUCACCAUGUGGCCUGUAACUUUGUGAAAAAACCUGGAAAUAUUUAUUACCUGUACAGGAGAGAGACUGGCCAGCGUUACUUCUCUUUGCUUUCCCCAAAGGAGUGGGGGACUAGCUGCCCCAGCGAGUUUCUCGCCGCCUACAAACUGCAACACGAUCUCUCCUGGACGCCUUCGGACGAAGUGGAGAAGCGAGACACCCAGCUCAACGUGCUGGAGAAGCUGCUGGACCAACAAACCAUUUUGCCCCCCUGCAGUGAACCCAAUUUCCGCGGCCUUACCAUGUGAUGGCGAUUUGUCACCGGUAUGCAUGAAAAAUUAAGGAGACAUUCAGGCUCCUCUUUGCGAACCGCCUUCUCCUGCUUGCCUUCAAGAAAUGGAGGGGUCCAAACGACUCGAUGACAAUUUCCUGUUGGAUAUCUGAAAACAUUUGCAGAUUUUUUUUUAAUUGGGCAGAUUCCGGUUCCCCAUCUGUGCAGUUUUAGACAUUUAACGAUGGGACAGCGGCCUGAAAAAAAUAAUUUAGCGGCCUGAAAAAAGUAGUAAUUUAGCUUCAAUCCAUGUCACUUCCUGCAAGGAACAGUCCAGAUUAAGACUGACUUUUCUUUUUUUCCAAGAUGGGAAUCCCCUUGGAGAGAAGGUAAGAGGUGGCAGGGGCCUUGGAGGUCAUCUAGUCCCACCCUGUUCCCAGGGAUAAAAUCCACCACGACGAACAUGAUUGAGCUCCAUAGGAUAACAAUGCACCAUUAAUUAUAUUUAUGUCUUGCAUUCCCACUGGAGAAGAUUAUUUAUUUCUGGAAUGGGUUUUUUGAUUUUCAUUUUCUCAAUAAUCCCCUGUGUGGUAGUUUGGACUGAAAGAAAACCACAGUUGUUUUUAUUUUAUUUUAUUUUUUUAAUCAGAGGAAGGAAAUUUAACUAGGAGUUUCCCAUUGCACUGAGGACAAAAUUCUCUUCCUAUAGCAGAUUUAUUAAGAAUAUUUUAACAAGUGUCCGGUAUGGGGCAACAGAUCUCGGUCCUAACAGUUUGGAUAUUUUAAAAAAAAUUAAAGAAAUGAACAUAAAUUAGGUUCAAGAAAAAAGAGAAGGAAAAAAGUAAAGAAAAAAGUGCAACGAGAAAGAAUUUAAAAAAUGCAAAGAGGUUUCCGAUUUCCUUUACAGCAAACAUAAUUACAAAAUGAUCUUGAUGAUUACAAAACUCUGUUUUCUUCCAUUUUUUCCCCUAUAAUCAUCCAAACCAUGAGUGCAUUUUUUUUUUUCCUGUUUCAUGCAAAAUGAAGUGACUUUGGGUCAGUCUCCCAGCCCAACCCACCUCACAGGGCUGGGAAAAUAGGAGGCUGAAGGCCUACUGGAUAAAUUUGCUGCCUUAAAUUAUUUAUAGAAAUAGUGGAAUAAAAAUCUAAUAAAAAUGAAAUGAAAUGUCUA